AUGUCAACGUUUGUGGUCUUUGUCACGUUCUCUGCUGUGUUCCAGAUAGUGAAGGAGUACGAGCGAGCUGUCAUUUUUAGACUGGGCCGGAUCAGAAACAGGAAACCUAUAGGGCCAGGUCUUUUCUUUGUUCUGCCCUGCACUGAUUCCUUUGUGAAAGUCGAUCUGAGAACUGUGUCCUUUGACAUCCCUCCACAAGAGAUCCUAACCAAAGACUCUGUGACCGUGUCUGUGGAUGGCGUGGUGUAUUUCUGCGUACACUGCCCCAUCUCAGCUGUGGCCAAUGUGUCCGACGCAGCCUCAUCUACACGGCUGCUGGCUCAAACCACCCUGAGGAAUGUGCUUGGUACCAAGAACCUUGCAGAACUGCUAUCUGACAGAGAGGGCAUAUCACACAGUAUGCAGGAAUCUCUGGAUGUUGCCACCGAUCCGUGGGGUAUUAAGGUGGAGCGUGUGGAGAUCAAGGAUGUGAAGUUGCCUCAACAGCUGCAGAGAGCUAUGGCAGCAGAGGCAGAAGCCACCCGGGAGGCCAGAGCGAAGAUCAUUGCUGCAGAGGGAGAGAUGAAUGCCUCCAGGGCUCUGAAAGAAGCCUCUCUGAUAAUCGCUGAGUCACCCUCUGGUCUCCAGCUGCGAUACCUGCAGACCCUCAACACCAUCGCAGCAGAGAAGAACUCCACCAUCAUCUUCCCUCUGCCCAUAGAUUUAUUGCAGAAUUUUAUGAAGAGGCAGUAAUAAUAUUAUUGACAUAAAGGUACUGUUAUAAGCUUCAGUGGUAUCUCCUUCAUAUACUGUAUGGUCCAAGAGGCCUCGCAUGUUUACUGCUGAACUGCACUCUGCACUGCAUUAUCACUUCUUAUAGAAAGUUUCCCUAUAUAAGAUAUAGAAAACAUAGGAUAUUAAUGUAUUUAAAGAUGUACCCACACCAGAACUCACUUUUGUACACUUAUUUUCUUACUGUGAUUUAAUACUUAAAUACAAAGUGCAACAUAGAGUAUAGACAUUAGUGUCUCAUCACUGACCACCAUAUUUUAACCAGCUAAGCUACAGUUGCGGUUCUGGAGGAGGACAAAUAAAUAAAUAAAUAAUGAAAUGCACAAUAAAAGUAAAAACAAAAAACAAUGCACGACAACCUUAUAAAGACAUGCUUUCAUAUAAACGUAUCCAGAGCAUAACUUCUGAAAUACAAUCUUUACAACAGAAGUCCUGUAAACAAUCAACAGAAGUACGUGAGACACCAACCGUCUCUGACAUUGGAUGUAAACUGUAAACGAAACCUCUUAUUCUAGUGUCAAACAAACAUUCAGUAAAUGAGUACAAGGUCAUGUCCACAGGACACAGAGGCAAUCAGUGCAACCGGACUACCUGAUGGAGGGAACUAUCAUUUCCUACCCCCUCAGGACACAGUAAAGCCCACCAAGUUAAACCUCAUCAACUUGCGUCCUAAAUGCAAAUCGCCUACAACCAAAUCCUUGAGCAGAUUUCCACAUUUUAUCUGUCUGGGGGGGAGCUGAUUAUUAUAUCAUAUUAUUAUAAUAAAGAAACAUUUCUUCAAUGUAUUAGUAUAUAUUUGCUGACCCGCACUAUGCUCUUUAAAAUAUUUACACAUAUUCUGUACAUCCAAAUAAUUAUAUACAAAUGAUAUCUUGCUAAAACAGACAGUUGAGCUGAGUGGUUAUGUAAACAUGAGCAAAAGCUUCAAUAAAAAUACAAUUAAUACAAACAAAAACAUAUGGCAGUUGCUUCCCCUUCGAUGACUCGUAAUUCUCCUCCAGACCUGAGAUUAUUCUCUACAAUGAGAAAUGAGGUAACAGCUGGCAGACUUUCAGGAUCUUCUCGCUUGUUUGGGUAAAUUGAAAUUCUUUAACAAAUUUUGGAUUUUUUUCUCUCAACAGGAAUUUUGGCAAAAGUCAAUUGUAGGUACACAUGGAGAAUGAAUGAUUGGAAGCCAUUAUAGCUUUUUCCAUCACAUUGAGGUUUUCUGUGUCAAAAACACACAGAAAACAACCAGCAACAGAGAAAAAAACAGUAACAACUCGAGUCAGCUGUAAGAGCACUGAUAAGGUACACUUAAAAAAAGAGAAUGGAAAACAAUGUACAAAU